GAACCGUCGAUUCCUGCAACUUCAAUAAGAGCAGGGGUUCCACAUCUGUGCUUCUUCCUUUCCACACGCUCAUAAUCCUUCUCCUACCUGUUUGAUUCGAAGAAGAAAUCGGAGGAGAAGAUGUUCGGCAGAGCGCCCAAGAAGAGCGAUAACACUAAGUACUAUGAGAUCUUGGGAGUUCCCAAGAACGCUUCCCAGGACGAUCUCAAGAAGGCUUACCGUAAAGCCGCCAUCAAGAACCACCCUGAUAAAGGUGGAGAUCCUGAAAAGUUCAAGGAGCUUGCUCAAGCUUAUGAAGUUUUGAGUGACCCUGAGAAGCGGGAAAUAUAUGAUCAGUAUGGUGAAGAUGCCCUUAAGGAAGGAAUGGGUGGUGGAGGUGGUAUGCAUGAUCCAUUUGACAUUUUCCAAUCUUUCUUUGGUGGCAAUCCGUUUGGUGGGGGUGGGAGCAGCAGAGGCCGAAGGCAAAGACGGGGAGAGGAUGUUGUUCAUCCUCUCAAGGUGUCUUUGGAGGACCUCUACAAUGGGACAUCGAAGAAGCUGUCUCUGUCCCGUAAUGUGCUAUGCCCAAAGUGCAAGGGUAAAGGGUCCAAAUCCGGUGCUUCAAUGACAUGUUCUGGUUGUCAAGGUUCCGGAAUGAAAGUUUCCAUUAGACAUCUUGGCCCAUCCAUGAUUCAACAGAUGCAACAUCCCUGCAAUGAAUGUAAGGGAACUGGGGAAACUAUUAGCGAUAAAGACAGGUGCCCUCAAUGCAAGGGUGAGAAGGUUGUGCAGGAGAAGAAGGUAUUGGAAGUUGUUGUCGAGAAGGGAAUGCAGAAUGGUCAGAGGAUCACAUUCCCCGGGGAGGCUGAUGAAGCUCCUGACACCAUCACUGGAGAUAUUGUGUUUGUCUUACAACAAAAGGAACAUGCUAAGUUCAAGCGAAAGGGUGAUGACAUUUUUGUGGAGCACACUUUGACCCUAACCGAGGCCCUUUGCGGUUUCCAGUUUGUUUUAACUCAUCUAGAUAAUAGACAGCUCCUCAUUAAGUCCCAACCCGGAGAAGUUGUUAAGCCUGACCAAUUCAAGGCCAUAAACGAUGAGGGAAUGCCAAUGUACCAAAAGCCCUUCAUGAGGGGGAAGCUUUACAUUCACUUUACGGUAGAUUUCCCCGAGACACUAACCCCCGAUCAAUGCAAGGCUCUUGAGGCUGUGCUGCCUCCAAGGCCCGCAACAAAGAUCACUGACAUGGAAUUGGACGAGUGUGAGGAGACCACUUUGUACGAUGUCAACAUCGAAGAGGAGAUGCGUAGAAAGCAGCAACAACAAGCGCAGGAGGUUUACGAGGAAGAUGAGGAUAUGCAUGGCGGGGCUCAGAGGGUACAGUGUGCACAACAAUGAUUUCCUUGAGGAGUUGAUGGCAGCAUCCAUCUGUGGAGUGGUGGGGGGUUAGGGGGAGAAUUUAGAAUCAUAGAUAAUUGGUUUUGCACUUUGUUAUUGGGUAAUCCGCAACAGAUAUUUUUAUAUUUAAUUUCAUUGGUUGACCUUAUUAGCAUGCAAGCAUAAAGAAAUUGCAAUAUGAUGCCAUUGUUUUAACUUU